GGCCGUAGAGCAGCAUCACAAUGGGCAAGUUUAUGAAGCCUGGGAAGGUUGUAAUGGUCCUGGCUGGACGCUACGCCGGGCGAAAAGCUGUCAUCGUCAAGAACAUAGAUGAUGGCACCGCUGAUCGUCCCUACAGCCACGCUCUGGUCGCAGGCAUCGACCGCUACCCCCGUAAGGUGACCACCACCAUGGGCAAGAAGAAGAUCGCCAAGAGAUCCAAAAUCAAGGCCUUCGUCAAAGUUUUCAACUACAACCACCUCAUGCCCACCAGAUACUCUGUGGACAUUCCUCUGGACAAAACUGUCGUCAACAAGGACGUCUUCAGGGAUCCUGCUCUCAAACGCAAGGCCAGACGGGAGGCGAAGGUCAAGUUUGAGGAGAGGUACAAGACGGGCAAGAACAAAUGGUUCUUCCAGAAGCUCCGAUUCUAAUUUUCCUCGGUUUCAGAAAAUAAAUGUUUAUAAAUGAAAA